AUGGCUCUUGUAGAGGAUGUGUUCCUGCACACCAACCUCACCUCCAGCAACCAGAGCAGCUGCAAUGUGCACAACCACCACUUCUCAACCAAAGUCACCUUCUCCCUUUUCUAUGUCAUCCUGCUGGUGUUUGGUGCCUGUGGGAAUGUCCUGGCCCUCUGUAUCACCUUCCAGCGCAGGAAGAAGAAACUCAACUCCACCGACCUCUACCUGGUGAACCUGGCCCUCUCUGAUGCCCUCUUCACCCUGGCACUGCCAGGCAGGAUCGCCUACUACGUCCUGGAGUCUGACUGGCCCUUUGGGGACUGGUUCUGCCGGAUCACAGCUUUCGUUUUCUACAUGAACACCUAUGUGAGCAUCUACUUCAUGACCUGUGUGAGCGUGGACCGCUACGUUGCUGUGGUGCGCACCAGGCACCCCGGCAGGAUUCGGAAGAUGAGCCGUGCCAGGGGCAUCUGUGUCCUCAUCUGGUCCUUGGUGUUCCUGCAGACGGCUCCGCUGCUCCUGCGGCCCAUGACGCGAAGGAUGGGAGACAAGCUGACGUGCAUGGAGUACUUCAACUUCGAGGAGAUUCCCAAUCUGCCCUACCUGCUCCUGGUGGCCUGCACGAUUGGUUUCUUCCUGCCUGUGGGCAUCAUCUUGGUGUGCUAUGUGAGGAUCAACCUCAAGCUCUGCCAGACGGCCAAGGAGAACCCGCUGACAGUGAAGAACGGGCACCACCACCGGGCCUUCACUGUCAUCCUGGUGGUGCUACUGGCUGUCCUGCUCUGCUUCAGUCCCUACCACCUCAACAUUGUCCAGUUCAUGGUCAGGAAGAUCCUCUACCAGCCAUCCUGCCGGGAGCAGCAAGCCUUCAAGAUGUCCCUGCAAGUCACUGUGGCAUUCAUGAACCUCAACUGCUGCAUCGACCCCAUCAUCUACUUCUUUGCCUUCCGGGGCUACAAGCGGAGGCUGCUCCGCAUCUUCAGGAACAGUGGCUCCCUGGCCACCUCCUCCACUGCCAAGACCCCCUCAGACAGCAACAGCAACAGCCAGCCACACGGCUCCAGCUCCGUCUAGCAGCACAAGCCCCUUCCCUUUUGCCCUGGCCUUGACUUGCGGACCAUCCCUGAUGGCAGAAGGUGAAGUCGAGCUGCAGGACCAGCACCUUCAACAGCUCCAUCGCUCCCCUGCCUGGCGCCAGGGGCUCUUGCAAAGCCAACCUGGCAGGGAAAAAGCCCUGCCUGUCUCUGCCUGCCUGGCUCUGUGCUCAGCGCUGCUGCAUCUGCCAGCCUGGAGCACAGAGAGGUACCCUUUCAUCCCAGCCCCAGAGGAGGCAGCUCCUGCAGCUGCUCUGGCUGGCACUGGAGGUUUCCCAGCACUGUACUGCACUUCUCUUCCAUGCCUGUCCCUUUCCCCUGUGGGGCCGGAGCGGGCUGGUAGUCACCAUGGGUGUCCCUCUGCCCCAUCCCCUGCACUGCCCCUGCAGCAGCACUAUAGCAGCAUGCCCGCAGGCCUCAGGGCAGACAGCAAGGAGAGAUGGACUCAGGGCAUUUCAGGGAAAGGCUGGCAUGUUAUUUGCAUGCAGAACAUGGUCUACAGCUCCUUCUCCACACUGACAAACAACAGCUCUGCUCUCUGCCAGCCCAGCAUACCACUUCUGCACCUGGGCUCUGUGUGGGGCAAGCAGUAAGUGUUGGACAUGUGGAAGAUGCUGGAAAAGCCCUCUCCCAAGGAAGAGGUGUGAGGAUGCGAAUUUGUAGAGCUCCCGGAUGUGCUGCUGCCUACAUUCAGCAUUCCUCACACCUGACAGCACUGCAGUCACCCUGGGACCCGCUGCUAGG